UUUACAGUUUUCCUUAAAUUCAAAAAAUAUACAAAAUCAAAAAAUAUUGAAAAUGAGUCUCUUUAGCGAUUCUGAAACACAGCUGGAGCAUAUGUGUCGCUUGCAAUUCGACGGACAGCCUAUAACAAGACGCCGUACAAAUAUUAUUUGCACCGUUGGUGUGGUGUCGCGAAACAAAACGAUGCUCAAGAACCUGGUUAAGGCCGGCAUGAAUAUAGUACGACUGAAUUUCUCGCACGAAUCACAUGAACACCAUAAAGCCACCAUCGAUAUGAUACACGAAGCAUGCGAUGAGCUUGCCGAAGAGGGCGGUUACCGCAAGCACAUUGCCAUCGCUGUGGACACGAAAGGUCCCGAAAUACGCACCGGUUCCUUUGAGGGUGUCAAUGAAGUGGAACUGAAAAAGAACGACAACAUACGACUCUCCAUUAAUAAGGAUCUUAUGGAUAAGGGCAGCAAAGAGACUGUCUACGUUGACUAUCCCAAUAUUAUUAAUGUCAUGCAGCCGGGUAAUAUUAUUUAUCUAUGCGAUGGCACCAUAACGCUGCUAGUCAAAGAGGUAGCAGUGGAUUGUGUAAUCUGUCAGGUGGAAGUUGGCGGUAUAUUGGGUGCGGCAAAGGGCGUUUGGUUGGGCAGUGUCAAUCUUGAUUUACCACCUGUAUCCGAGAAGGAUCGCUACGAUCUGCGCUUCGCUGUAGAAAAUAAUGUCGACUUCAUAUUUGCGUCGAAGAUACGCAAUCCUUCUGCCAUACGUGAGAUACGCGCCGUUAUGGGUGAACGUGGCAAGGAUAUACAAGUUGUGUGCAAAAUCGAUUGUACACAAAUCUUAAAUUAUCUCGAUGAAGUGAUCAAUGCUUCCGACGGCAUACUAAUCGAUCGCAGCAGUUUGGGCAUAGAUGUGCCAGCUGAGAAGCUCUUUCUGCUGCAGAAGGCAAUUAUAGCGCGCUGCAAUCGUGUCGGUAAGCCAGUGAUAGUUGGCACCCAGCUGCUCGCAUCGAUGAAUUUCGAAUCGCGUCCAACACGCUCCGAAGUAGCCGACUUGGGCAACACAGUAAUCGAUGGUGUUGAUGGUGUAAUGAUAGCGAGUGAGAGUGCGAUUGGCAAGUAUCCGCUGGAGACGGUCACCUGCAUGGCUAAUAUCUGUGCAGAGGCCGAGGCUGUCAUUUGGCAUCGCCAAUUGCACAAAGAACUUAUGCUUAACAAUCCGGCAGCGAUCGAUGCGGUGCAUGCCGUGGCAUUGGCAGCGGUGGACUCGGCGCAUAAAUCUAUGGCUGCAUUAAUUGUAACGCUCACGACAUCUGGCAAAUCGGCAUAUUUGAUUAGCAUGUAUCGACCACAUUGCCCCAUCGUUGCGCUGACGCGUUGCAGUAGGACAGCAAGGCAGUGCAAUUUGAGACGCGCCGUCUACCCGGUUUUGUUUCUAGAAAAACCCGAGUCCGACUAUCAGAAAGACGUCGAGUUACGAGUUCAGUACGCCUUGGUUGCCGCAAGGAAGCUGAAACUCGUCGACAAAGGUGAUACGGUGGUAAUAGUUUCCCCGUGGAAGGAGGCUACCGGCUUCACAAAUAAUAUGCGCAUAGCUUAUGCUUUCUUUGAACCCGAUAAAAUUGAGUGUGUAGCAAAGCGUAGUACAAUGAAACAGCAAGCCAAAAAUGUAGGUUGA